CCCACGGGGGCGGUGCGGCCCGGCGCCCUCAUAGGCGGUGGCGAGCGGCGGCUCCGCCCUGCCCGGCCAUGGACUACGCGGGGCUCGCCGAGACGGCGGCCGAGAAGAUGGCGCUCUACCGGCGGGACCCCGGCGGCUGGCGGGGCUGCCGGCGCACGAGCGAGGUUUCGGUGUCUUGGAGACCUUCCGCGGAGUUCGCCGGCAACGUGUACAGGGGAGAGGGGAUCCUGCCUGCCAGCCCCCAGGACGUCUGGGAAUGCAUAAAGCCGGUGGCCGGCGGGUCCAGGACCAAGUGGGACCAAAACGUGAAGGACUUUGAGGUCGUCGAAGUCGUCAGCGAUACUGUCUCUGUAUGCAGAACCACAACUCCUUCAGCUUUCAUGAGGAUUAUUUCACCAAGAGAAUUUGUGGAUGUGGUACUAAUGAAACAAUAUGAAGAUGGUACGAUGCUAUCUGCUGCCACCAACGUGGAACACCCACUGUGUCCUCCUCAACCAAAUUUUGUGAGAGGUUUUAAUUAUCCCUGUGGCUGUUUCUGUACACCUCUUCCAGGGGAGCCAGACAGAACUCAACUCCUCAGUUUCUUUCAGACUGAUCUUGGUGGGUAUCUUCCCCAGACGGUGGUGGAUUCUUUCUUUCCAGCCAGCAUAGCUGGGUUUUACAGCAACCUGACCAAAGCUGUUAAGGCAUUAAGAGCCUGACAAGACCAAUUGCUGACAUCACCAGCUGAGGGUAGGAAAAAGCCUGGCAGCUUGAGGAUAGCAAUAGGAAGUUGGCCUUACAGGACUUUACUACCAGCAGAGAUACUUAUGAAAGAUGAAAGGGGAACAAUGGAUUGAGUAAAGUAAAUUUUUAAACCAGCAUUUUCUACCUGUCUCUAUGCAAAGCAAUGCAUUCUUUUCUGAUAUGCUAUCCUUCAUUUUCAUAAUUAGAAAAGUAUCACACCAGAGGCUGAAAGGAUCCUAGAGGCAGCACUGGGGGCUGUGUGCGGGAAGAAGAUGCACAUACUAGAUCUGUUCUUGGCCACACUUUGUCAGCAUCUGUGAGGAGGAUCUUUGCUAAAAUCCACUUAGCACUACAGCAUUAGCCAGGUGCAGGUCACCCCUGUUUUGUGUGUGAAGCUCCCCAUAGACUCCCAUGGAAGAACGUUCCUACCCCAAAAUAAGAGGCAGCUCUUUUGCUGUCAGCACUCAUAGAGCUACUGAGCUGCUUCAGUGGGUCCAAGCCAACAAAUGGUAAAAGCCAGAACAAAUUGGAUUUGUGUGGAGGAUCCCAGCUGUUUGUUCCAGCGGACUUCAGUACUAAUGGUAAAUAUGCCUUAAGUGCUUUUUUCCUAAAUUGACAUCUAGCAGUACAAAUCAAUUCAUAGGUCUGUGGGUUAGAAAAUAGACACUCUUCCUUCCUCCCUUCUGUACCAAACCCAGUGAUUUCCACAAUGUCAUGCAACAAAUUGCACUGACAUAGUGGCAAUAAAGACAGACAAUGGAGCACUUUACUUGCCAUUUUUUGAACUGCACUUGAAAUGACCAUUUUAACUGCACUUGAACAUUUUUCGGUCUCUUGUGGUGAGAUGUUUUAACGGGUAAAUAAUCUUUUCUAUAGUUUAGUCUUGACUUGACAGGUCAUAAGGACAUUGCUUUUUCUCUAAGACUGGUUUGCCUCACAGUACUAUCUUGGGAAAUUGGCUUCUGAUCUUGUGUGCAGUGAUGCAUCCAGCUUUAGAAAAUAUUUAUGGUGCUGGUUACUGCAGGAAUGUCAGACAUUACUAUAGAUUACGUAUUAUUACAAAAGAAAAACUAAUUGCUGAAUUAGGAAUUUAAAUGCAGGUUGUGAUUUUAACGCUGUAACUCAAUUAUUUAACUAGGUUAAUAUGAUCUGCUUUCUGUCCUUGUAUUUGUUUUAUAUUUAGUAUAGGACUUUAUAUUUAGUACAGAACUUGCACACAAAGUUUCCCACUAUAAAUCUCACAUUAUGGAAUAGAUUUUUUUCAAGGAAUCAGUUUUUAAUCUAGUCUCCUUUGUGUACAAAGAUGUAAAACCUUGUAUGAGUGUAAUGUAAUAAAUAUUUUUCCACUA